UAACUCAGCUGAAAAAUGCAUUUUUAUGGAUUAAAUUAAUAUAAACAAUUAAAUUUUCGUAAUAAUAUCAACAAAUGUUACUAUAAAUAAAUCUGAACAUAUAUCCACUAAAAGUGAUCAAGAUUAAUUUCUCCCGCGUUCCAUUGUGUCGUUGUUUUGUAAUAGUUUAUUUCGACAAAACUAACAAAUAAUGUUUGGAAGACCCCGUUGCAGAGAGUGGACACCUCUUGCGACUCAACAACUCCGUUUGCGCAGCCUUAUACAGAUUGUUGGGUACAACAUCAGACCACCUGAGUGGACCUCCACCCAGUGCAGUUUCUACUUGACCCUGCACCACACUACUAUGUCCGCCCCAUUCUACACUAGUGAGAGAAUAUCCUCGCCACACCCCAAAUGGAAGGAGAUAGACUCAGAAUUAACCCAUCGUAUGUCAUCCACCAACAUAGUCAUUCGCAUAUGGUGUCACCACUCUCACACAUUCCGGGAGGAGGACAAUGAAGGACCACGUGACACCGUCAUACAAACGUGGGGUGUAUAUUUCAGUGGCCUAAGGUAUAUAGGGGCCAAUUUAGCUUUAAAUUUCACAUCAGACUGUUUCAAAAGCAACACGCUUGUGUUCCAAAUGCAUGGUGGAUAUUUCUGUUCAUAUAAAAGUCUUAAAUUAGAUAUAAUACCGCCGGAGAAUGAAUUAGAACAAGGUUCCCUAUCUUCAGAUUCUUCUGGUAGAACGAAUCUGUCAAAGAUUACACUAGAACCUAAAUUUAUUCAGAAUCAUAAGUUAGUGAAGGAAACAAGGUCUAUAUCGCCUAGUAAGUUUACAAGGAAACGUGAUAAGGAAUACUCUAAAAGUAAUAGUCCAAUUGAGAAAGGUUUCAAGCAAAAUAUAUCAACAUUGAAAACUUCUGUUAGUUUAAAUAUAAGUCACAAUAACCGAGACUAUUACAGAAAAAGAGAUGUAAGUGAAGAAAGAAAUAAAAAUGAUCCAAAUUACAUUUACGAACAUUCACCAGACAGUUUGGAUGUUAAAGAAUUUACGUCGAGCGGUCUAAAUUGCUUUGGUCCAUCAAAAACGUCAUCGCAAGAAGAUUUAUCGGGUAGCAAAAUCGAUCUGAGCGAGAUCGCAGAAAAUUAUGAUCUCAGGAACGAGUCCGAUGGCGUACCAAAAUACAGAUAUAUGGCAAUUAAUUUUUUGAAAUCGGAAAUAAGGCCGAGUUAUAAUGCGACAAAAUUGCAGAAACUGCAUUUACUUCAGUAUUCUAUAAAGAAGAAACAAGAGGCUGUGCAAGAGAUAAAGGAGAGGAUACACAGUAUAUCUGCUGUGACAAAUAACAGUUGGCCUCUACCUGAGGACCAGUUUGAAACGAGUACUAAGCUGAAAGGUAGAUCCCAAAAAAAUUUGUUCUCUCCUGAAGAUAGUGAUAGUGUAGAAAAAGGACAGUAUUCGUCACAUAGUGAUGUAAGUUUAAAGAAUGGUAAAAUAAAAGAAGAGAAACAGAAGCCUAAUGGACCUCGUCUCACUUUAAAAUUGAAUGAUCUCCUUUCAUUUAAGGUCAAACCCUCGCCAUUCCAAAGGGCGGAGCAUGUAAGACUCACAAAGCAAUUAGAAAUACUAAGAUUUAAGCGAAUUAUACUAUCUGAUGAAAGGGACAGCAAGCUCGCUAACAUUAGAAGACUGAAAGAGAGACACGCGAAACUUUUGGAAGAAAACCAAGAUGUUGGUUUGGAAUUGAUGCAAAACUACCACACGCUGUCUAGACGGAAUGAUACCAUGAAAGAAACCCGCCAGUCAUGCGCGGCGAUGCGAGAUAUGGCGGCUAGAUCGCACGCGGCACUAGUCAGUCAGCGGCACCAGUUACUUCUACAAUUACAUCAGAUAUUCUAUAUACAACAGAAAGACACAUCAAUCUGGACAAUAUGUGACGUGUGUCUGCCUAUAUGUGGAGAUGAGACCACCAGCCGGGCAUCGAAACCAGUAAGUGACUCAGUGGCAGCCGGCUUCGUCGCCCAAGCAACUUGCCUAGCGGCCGCUUUGUUGAACCAACCUCUCCGCUACAAGAUCACAUUGCUGGGUUCUGCGAGCAAGAUUUUAGAUAUAACGCCGGAACUGCCAGAUCCUAAUGAUAUGAAUUCCGCUAGACUACCGAGGCCGCUAUGUACUUAAGAGGCCGAAUAUACUUAAUUUAUUUUAUUAAUAUUGUUAUUUAUCACAUUUUGCAGUAUACCCCUGUUCGCUCGAGGUGGAGACACCACUUUGUUCCGGUACGCAAUGUUCCUACUCAACAAGUGUAUCGCUCAACUGCUAUGGGGUCGAGGUCUCUACGUCACCGACAUGAGACCGACCCUAAUGAACUUGGAGAGGCUGCUCACCACACCUAGUAACCUGUCGGACACCUCAAAGUUGUUUGGCACGUACAAAUGGCUGGCGGAUGGCCAGUGUCCGAGGACGCAAUCGCUUCGAAGCUUGGUAGCGUCGGAGCGAGGGAAGUACCGGCAGUUCAACAGGUUCAAGGAUGCAGUGGAUGGACAAUCGCCACAUUCUGCUUUAAACAUCAAAAGACACCGGCACUCUAGAAGCGUUGGCAGUUAUAAUGAUGAACAAGAAUUGGCUGCUCUAGACACAUCGACAGUUUCAAUAAUGGGCAGUGAAUCCAAUAUAUACAACAUGAAGUUAAUAGAAACGAAUCCCAAUCAAACUCCUCCAAGUUUAAAAACUCAUAAUUCAGACUCUGAAAUAUUGAGAUUACUUACUGAAGAUAGACAGGCUGAGGAGAGCGAUAACGAAGUAACUUUCACUCUAGGUGAAGACACCAUGUUAGUGAAUUUACAAAGUGAGAACUUAGUGAGAAUAUCGACAAAUAACGACGAUGAAGUAACUUGUUCGACGUGUUUAGACGAGAACGUCAAAAGAAUAUGUACAGAGAUAGAAAACUUUUGUUCGACAAGUACACAAAUAGAGAAACAUGAAACGAAAGAAAUAAUAGAAGGGUUCGACGUCGUCAGACAUAUGGAAGCUAUGAAUGAAGAUAUAGCAAAAUAUAUGGAGCAGAAGAGCAUAGAUAUAGAAUCUAAUGACGUAACAUGCGAUGUAUGUGCUGAUACGGACGUGUGUGAUAUAGCUUGUGCCAAUAAUGUCACUGAAGUUAUUGUGAUACCUAGUGCUGAGGCGAUUUUAGAUACAGGACAGAUUGAAAGCGAUGAGGUAAAUGAAUCGAGAGAAAGUGUUGAAGCGAAUACAGACGGUCAAUAGUAUUGGUACGGUAAUGGUAGAUUAUGCAAAUUUGUAUAAUAAUAUAUCAAGCGAGUUGAUUUGUUUGUAUAAGAUUUAAAUUUCGUAUUCUAUGUGUUAUUGUUGAGACUGGGCAAUCGAACAAUGUGAAAUAUUUAGUUUAUUGUAAAUCUGAUAAGAAAUAACAUUACAGUUCUCUAGUUCCCAUAGUAGAAGUCCUGCUUAGUUUGGGGUUAGAAAACACUGAGUUAUCCAAGAUUAAUUAUUAUUUAUUUGUAUUACAAG